AUGCAGGCGGGGGCUACAGAAGCACCUGAUACACACGCUACUGAGAACAGCAGCAACAGCGCAGCAGACAUCGACGACAGCGACGGGGCAGGGGAGAGGAUGGAGAGGAUGGAGAGGACGGUGCCACCGCCAAGCGAGCAGCAGGACAGGACCAGCACCCAGCAGCAUCAGCAUCAGCACCAGCAGCAGCAGCAGACGUCCUUAUCACCAUCCGGGGUGCUCGAUAAACUGUUUGGGAAACACCUUCUGCAGGCCAGACACUACAUUAUGUCUCGUAAGUCCUGGCUGAAGAUGGUGCCCACCGAAAACUGUGAUAUCCUGAUGACUUUCCCAGAUACAAUAGAUGACCACACGCUGCUGUGGCUUCUGAAUCAGGUUCGUGUUGGAAUCCCACAAGUCAGCAUUCAGGUUCGACAGCACAAACACACCCAGGCACAUGCCUUUUUCAUCACGACAACAUUUGAGAAUUUACUGCGGGGAGCAGAGCAGAUGGGCAUGCACAAGGCGGUCAAACCACAGUUUGGUGGCGGGAUGCGACGCUUUUCCUGUGAAGAAGACAACAUCUACGAGAACAUAGAGAGCGAGCUCUGCUUCUUUACCUCACAGGAGCGUCAGGGCAUUAUAAAGUAUUGGCUGGACAAUCUGCGUGCCAAACAGGGGGAGGUGCUCCACAACAUCCACUUCCUGGAGGGACAGCCAAUCAUUCCAGAGCUGGAAGCUCGUGGAGUGAUCCAUCAAAUGUUUCCUCUCCAUGAACAGAGGAUCCUCAACCAGCUGAUGACAUCAUGGGUUCAGGCUGUGUGUGAAAGGCAGCCACUGGAUGAUAUCUGUGACUACUUUGGAGUGAAGAUCGGCAUGUAUUUUGCCUGGCUGGGUUUCUACACUAACUCCAUGCUUUACCCCGCUGUCAUCGGCUUUCUGCUCUGGAUACUCGCAGAGGCUGACCAGACCAGUCAGGAUAUCUGCUGUGUGGUUUUCGCCCUCUUCAAUGUUGUGUGGGCGACGUUGUUUCUGGAGCGCUGGAAGAGGCGAGAAGCGGAGCUGGCCUACAGGUGGGGAACGCUGGACACCCCCGCCGAGUCCUUGGAGGAGCCACGGCCACAGUUCAGGGGAGUGAAGCGCUGCAGUCCCAUAACGGGCUGUGAGGAGUUCUACUACCCGCCCUGGAAGAGAGCUCUGUUCAGAUGGCUGGUCAGCCUGCCCAUCUGCCUCCUCUGUCUCUGCUUUGUCUUCCUCGCUAUGCUCCUCUGCCUGGAACUGCAGGAAGUGGUGAUGGAGAUUCAGGAGCUACCUGGUAUCACAAGGUUCAUUCCUAAGAUACUCCUGGCCAUGACUGUGACCAUAUGUGAUGAAGUGUACAAGAAGAUUGCAUAUUGGCUCAAUGAUAUGGAGAACUACAGACUUCAGAGUGCCUAUGCGAAUAAUCUCAUCAUCAAGAUGGUUUUUUUUGAAUUCAUCAAUUCUUACCUAAGCCUUUUCUACAUCGGAUUCUACCUCAAGGACAUGGAGCGGCUUAAGGAGAUGCUUGCCACUCUACUGAUCUUCCGUCAGUUCCUACAGAACAUCAAAGAGGUCCUCCAGCCUUAUCUCUACGAGCAAAACAAGCUGGGCGUCUUCACGCCCAAGGUGCUGUGGGAGCUACUCCAAACCAUCGUACUCAAGUACGGCCGCCUGGCUCUGGGAAAAGCCCAAGCCUCCAUGGCAGCCUAUUCCUUCCUGGGUCCCAGAGGGAUCCCUGUCGGUCACUCUGCUAACGGUAACCCAGAGCCAAAGAGAAGAGGAGAUCUGAAAGCCGGAUUUAGGCUGACAGAAGAAGAGUGGGACAUGAAUGACAGCAAUCUAAAGCAGCGCAAAGUCAGCUUCACCGAGAAGGUCGACUACCAGGAUGUCACAACAGAAAUGCAGGCAGUGGAUCGCAGCUACCUCGAGGACAGUCCCACACUGAUAGAGGAAGGGAUGGAUCCGUCCUGUAUUUUUGACAGCUGUGACGAGGACAGUGAUUGUGAAUUGCUGGAUCAAGAAUCUGACUCUGUCUGUCAAAGAAGAAGGAACGUCGGUGAGGGGAAAGAGCAUAAGAAGUCAUGGAUUGAUCCACCAGAAGAACCCAAAACCGUCACUCUGACCCAGGCUGAAAUUGAGAGCUGUAUGCAGACAUAUGAGGACACGCUUCAGGACUACCAGGAAAUGUUUAUCCAGUUUGGCUACGUGGUGCUCUUCUCCUCUGCGUUUCCGCUGGCGGCCAUGUGUGCUCUUAUCAACAACAUCAUUGAGAUCCGCAGCGACGCCCUGAAGCUCUGUACCGGCCUGCAGAGACCCUUUGGACAGCGGGUGGAGAACAUCGGACAAUGGCAGACUGCAAUGGAGGCUAUGGGCUUGAUAGCAAUUAUAGUUAACUGUUACCUGAUUGGUCAGUGUGGGCAGCUACAGCGCCUGUUUCCCUGGUUGAGUCCUGAGAUGACCAUCAUCUCCAUCGUCUUACUGGAGCACUUUGCAAUCCUCCUAAAGUACAUCAUCCAUGUUGCCAUCCCUGAUAUCCCUGGCUGGGUAGCAGAUGAGAUGGCCAAGCUAGAGUACCGUCGAAGGGAAGCUUUCAAGAAGCAUGAGCAGCAGGCCCAGCAGCACUUCCAACAGCAGCUCAGACGCAGGCGUGAAGAGGAGGAGCUUCAGCGUCAGGCUGAGCUGCAGGCCGAGGCCCGCCAGGAGAGCGAGCACAGGGCAGACGCCCAGCACCAGCACCACCACGACAAAGCGGCAGGGGGCAAGGCGGGGGACAAGCCUAAGAGGCCCAGCUCUCUGCUGGGAAACAACAAUGUCAUGAAGCUGAAGCAGAUCAUCCCUCUCCAGGGGAAGUUUUCCUCCAGCAACUCGCGCUCACCUGCCCAGUCCCCAACAGGAGGUGAGGCAAAGCUCCCAGGAUUUCUGAAGUUUCUGAAGUCACCUGAGGCCAAAAAAGAGCCAGCAGUGGCAGCUGGAGUGCCAGGCUCCACGGCGACCUCUUCUGCUCCCCCUAGCGGCCAGGAGAGGUCACAGUCCCCCAACAGGACAUUCAGUCCUGGGAAGCUGUUCAGUUUCAGCAAAUCAGAGGGGACCGUGGUGUGUGUGAAUGGGACACAAACGCUGCCCCAGCCCGUUAACGCUCAGCCCAACAGAGGAGAUGUAAACACAACCUACGAGGAGUUACCCUCAAAUGAGUCAGAUAAAGGAGAAUCAAGACAAUUGACUGAUUCAGAAAAUUCAAGGAGCUAAUACUUGAUAAACCACACCGAUGUAAUAUUAUGAGAGCAAUCUAGAAAUGUUCAGGCAACAUUCAGAGACACAUCUGUACCGUAAGAGAACACACUAGUCACAAGGACCAAACGUAAGGUCAGCGAGCGUUAGACUUUCACUCUUGAUGCAACUUAACUUCGCACAAAGUAUUAUAAUGUAUUUAUUAACGCUUGAUUAUCUAUCUCCAUGUAAAAUAUGUACAGUGAGUGUAACUCCGUCAAUGGAGCUUGAGUGAUAUUUAAUUAAGGUUAAAAUACUGCAUGACUGCCUGGUUUUCAACAGCACCAGAACAGAUUAUGUUGAUGUGAGGGAUAUUUUUUAUCAAAAACCAGGACCUGAUCAUCAAUGAGCCCUUUUAUCAAAGGACAUGAACAGUAGCUUCCCGUUCCAGGUUUGUUUCUCAUUCCUAUGCCUGUAUUGAAUGCAUGUUGCAUCAUGUGCAUGCAUUACACGUCCAUCAUGUCUUUUCAGUUGUGAAGCACUUUCGAAGCCAUCGUAUUCUUCCGCAAUAGGUCAAAUUAUAUUCACUGUGACCGUCAAAAAUAUAUUUUUCUUAACUUUGAUUUUCUAUGAAUUAUUUUACUACAUAAAUUAGUGAAUGUACUUAUAAGAUGCAACUAAAUCCCAUUUGAAUAAACAUCCAUCAAGAGAUAAGCAUUGGCUGAUUCUGUUAACAGUAAAAAUAAAUUAGAUGGGAGACGUUCGCUGGGUUGAUUUGGUUCCUGGAAAAUGUAUGUGUAUACUAGAUUUUUAAUGAAAAUAACUAACAGAACCUACACACUCUUAUAUAAAUAUGCAUCUACAAAGGAUAUCUUUGCCAGAAGAUAAUUUUCAAUAAAAUGUCUAGAGCAUCUCCAAUACAUGCUAUGAGACGGUUAUUUUCUUCACUUCCACACAAAAAUAGUUGCUGUUAACUUUGAGUUAUA